AGCAUGUAUCUGUUAUUUUGGUUUUCCUUUCCCCUAUGGUAAAACUUUGAGCACAAAGCAUUUUAAGAUUUCAUUGCUGAAUGACAUUUCAUCAAUCUCAUCUUUGGAGAAUUUUUCUUCAUCAUGAAUGUUCUCCUUGUCCUACUUGCUUCUGUUCCUGUGGCCACCAAAAAUGUAGUGAGCUAGUUCAAUUUAGUUGCAAAAUUUAAAGAUCUUAAUUUUGGACCCAGGUCUAUAUUAUGUGGAAUUGUGGAUUGGGAUCAAUCUCCUUUGCACGGUUAUCAUUCAAUACUCUGACUGUUUGUGAUGUAAUCAUGAUUCAGGUAGAUACACACAUACAACAGCUUGAUCAAUAUUUGAAAAGAUUUGAUGAGGAGCUCCGGCGUGAAAGAGAGAAUGCUGCUGCUGCUGCUGUUUUGCCUACUACAAGUCUUGAUGGCAGUGCGAAAUCUGGAAGUAGUGAAGGUGGAAGGGGAGGGCGUAAAAAGUAUGCACUCAUCCUAGAUAUCCUUAUUGAUGCAGGAGCAUAGGGCUCUUUUUAACGAUUAGUUUUAGGGCUGUUUGUUUUGCAUUAAGUUUGAGUUUUAUUUGGAGUCUAAGUUUAAUUUUAGGAAAGUCAUUUUUAAUUAGGAUUAGAAUUAGUAGCUUAUUAGGAGUUCAUAGUUUGUUAGAAGUUCAAAUUAGAAUUGAAUUAGGAUUCUUAGCUCUUGUUGUAUAUAUAGUUAUUCUUCUUAGGUUUCAAGAACAGUUUUUGUUAUGAAAUUUUAGUUUGAGAAUAAACUUGAGGUUGAAAACCUAAAUUUUCUUGGUUUCAUCUUUAAUUUUACGGAGUUCUUAGUUUCUGUUUGUUCUACUCCUACCUUCCCAUUGGUUUCCUUAUAGAUUGCUUAAACUUGUUUUUGUUAGCUGUUAUUGUGCUAUUGAUUCUUGCUUUCGCCUUCCUGAGGAAGUCAUUUUCUCUACUGCUUGUGCAAGUUGUCUGAGAUCAACCCAGAAUUGAACUGACCUGAAGUGGAUAAAGUGAUUUUGUCUAG